AGGUUGCAGGCAUAGACACACUAUACCAACAUGUCGUUAUAGCAGUCAUCUGUGUACAGCCUUAACCCUUUCCAGCUCAGAAGACACUAUAGGAGACCUGAAGAAGCUCAUCGCUGCCCAGACAGGCACACGGUGGGACAAGAUCGUACUCAAGAAAUGGUACACCAUAUUCAAGGACCACGUGUCUCUGGGAGACUAUGAGAUCCAUGAUGGGCAGAACCUGGAGCUGUACUACCAGUAGAAGACUGAGGACACACCACACACACACACCUAUGUAUUAACAAGGCUUGAGUUUGUUGAUCAUUGGAUCAGGGUUUUGCGGAAGACAUUGAUGAUGUUCUAGUGAUGAAAUGUUUUGAUAUUGUUUGGAAAUAAAAACAAAUAUUUAUAUUAGUUUAA